UGAGCAUCCUGCCAUCUGUUACAUCACACAAAGCACUCAGCAGAUUUAGGUGGGUUUUUUGAUAUGAGAAAUUUUAAAGACGCGACGUUGUUGAGAUGUUGCCAACAGCAAGUUUGUCAACAUUACUAUAGUUUAAUCAACAUCAAGCGCUGUCUUCAUUGAAGAUGUCAGAGGACAGUAGACAGAGUGCUGCCGGUCCCAACGAGGAGGAAGCCUCACCAUGUCAUUCACCAACUCCAUCCUUGACACCUUCAUUACCUGCAUCAAUACCAGCUGCAACAACUCCAGGGAUUCCAACAGCUCCUGACACCCCAUGCUCUGAGCACUCUGCUGCAGGGUCUUCAACUUCUCCUCGCAGUGAAAUUGGAGAGCCACCCAGACCUAGGCUAUCAGUCAGUGAGCUUGAGUCGGUGUCCCUGCCUGAGCUGAUCCAAUACUGGAAAGAUUUAGACGUCUAUACCGAAUGGCUCGACAACCAAGCUGCCAACCAGGAAGUUGAAAAUGCAAGUCUUCAGGCUUAUGUAGAACGUUCUAAGCAACAGCAUCAUGAGGCAUGUUCAAGAGAAAGAGCUGUUAUUCGACGCUUGGCAACAAAGGAACAAGAAGUACAGGAACUCAUGGCACAAAUUACUGAUUUAAAAACAAAUGCAACUCCAUCUGCGGGAAGUCUUCGCUCUGCAUUUCUAGAUCCAGCUGUGAACCUUCUUUUACAAAAGUUAAGAACUGAACUUGCCACAGCCAGAGCACAGUUAGAAGAAACUCAAAAUGAACUCAGCGCGUGGAAAUUCACACCUGACAGUAAUACAGGCAAACGGCUAAUGGCCAAGUGUAGACAACUAUAUCAAGAAAAUGAGGAACUUGGAAAACAAGUUGCCAGUGGUAGAGUAGCAAAACUGGAGGGAGAACUGGCUCUUCAAAAAAGUUUCAGCUUGGAGGUCAAAAAAUCUCAAUCAGAGUUGGAUGAGUUUCUGCAAGAGCUUGACGAGGAUGUUGAAGGUAUGCAAAGUACUGUGUACUACUUGCAGCAGGAGCUGCGAAAAUCUCGAGAAACUAUAUCUUCAUUAGAACGGAAGUUAAACAAAUAUCGGAAGGUCAAAGCCAAAGACAAAAAUGCAAAGUUAAUCACUGAUGAAGAGGGAAACCAAAUUGAAGAGGACGGCAAAGAUGAAGAUGAAGCCGAAAAUGAGUGCGAGUCAGAAGCAGAUGACCAGAAAGAUUGGAAAGAUACAGGAGAAAAUGAUGAAGGGGAAGCGUGGGGUGAUUGGAAAGAGGGUGAAGAAGGUGAGGACUGGCACCAGUGGGAGGACGAGGAGGAGGAGGGUGAUUAUCCAGAGGAGAGCACAAGAGAUUGGUUGGAAGACUCCAAAGAACCGACUAAUGGGGUCGAUUCCAAUCAAGAUUCAGCUCAAGAUGAAUCAGGAAAUUCCCCUAGAAAUAUCUGUGCAGGUUUGAAACGGACUAAAAGUUCUGAGGAUCUAGAUGAAAAGUUUGACACACCCAUGCGCAAGAAAAUUAAACCGUUCUCAACCAGUGACAGUACAAAAGACGGCUCUAUUGUAGAGGGUUUAGAUGAGAGCAACAAUGAAAAAAAUGAUGAAAAUGUAUAAUAAGUGUCCUAGAUUAAUAAUUUAGGGAAGAAUCAGGAUUUUAUAUUUUAUCAAUUUCUUCUACAAUCGUGACUUUAUCACAAAGUUAUUUUACAACUUUAAAAGGUUGCAACUUUCUUUGACAUAGAGCCAUGUUAUUUCAUGUACUUCAUGUGGCAAUGCAAGACAAAUGUAAUUUUGCAUUUCUCUGGUAUGUUCAGGUAAUGAAUAAGAAUCAAUAACUAAGAAUUGUUAUGAUUUGUCAUAUUAAUUUUGAGAAAGAUGUUUUUUUGUUUUAGAAAUUUGUGAUAUUGAUAUGAUUAUAAUAUAAAUGUAGUAUACCCAUUUAAUUACACUUUAAGCAAGUGAGUCUUGAAUACUGUAACAAGAAAAUCCUACUUGUUUAUUAUUUCCCAGAAUUUGAUAAAACUAGCUGUGACACACCUGUUUUGAAAACAUCCAAAGAGAUUUCUCCAUUUUUAUUGUGCGAUCAAUUUGACUGACAGUUUACGGUAAGAAGUUGUUUAUUUAUUUAACAAGUUUGACUCAACUAUGUAUCAACUUCGAUGUGUUUUAUGUAUGCUUUCUUGUGACAUGGAGUAAUGUUUGACAGGAGAGAAAGAUUUUUGACAUUGUAUUUAGUAGAGCAGCAGGGAAAUAUUGUAUGAUGGGAGUACAAUUCUUCCAUCCAUGUUGGAUAAUGAUGAUUAACUAUCCUUAUUUUCUACCAAGGCUAAAACAUCAAAUAAAUUUACUUUGUUUUUGGUUGAAA